CGCGAGAGUGGUUCAGCCCAAGUGUAUCACGUACAGCAGUGCAGUGUGAGGCGCACGGGGAGCCUAGGUCGCGCCAUGGCUCUUCGCGUCUUGUUUAUCGUGUCGGCACUUAUCGCCGCGAGCGACGCGGUCUAUAAUAGAGAACGCGAUCGCCUUCGCGCUGAAUCCCGCUUCUUGGACCGUGCUUGUGAACUGAGUUCGUGCUAUCCGGCUACCGGAAACCUGCUUAUUGGACGAGAAGCACGACUCUUUGCCUCCUCCACGUGUGGUGCCUAUGGCCGCGAACGAUACUGCAUAGUAUCACAUCUACAAGAUAGAAAAAAGUGUUUUUGGUGCGAUUCCACUAAUAAUACGAUACACGAUCCAUUAUUAAAUCAUCGAAUACAAAAUAUAAUUUAUAAAUUUACACCAGGCACAAGAUAUAAAUCCUGGUGGCAAUCUGAAAAUGGAAAAGAAAAUGUAACUAUUCAGUUAGAUAUGGAAGCUGAAUUUCAUCUUACACAUUUAAUAAUACAAUUCAAAACAUUUCGUCCUGCGGCUAUGUUGGUGGAAAGGUCUUUCGACUUUGGCAAAACUUGGCGUGUCUAUAGAUAUUUUGCACACAACUGCGACGAAGCUUUCCCCGGAAUUCCAAAGCAUUCGCAACGAUCUUUGACAGAGAUUGUUUGCGAAUCUCGUUAUUCAGGCGUUGCACCAUCUACGGAAGGAGAUGUGAUUCUUCGUGUUUUGCCGUCUAAUAUAAACGUUACGAAUCCAUAUUCAGAAGAAGUACAAAAUUUAUUACGUAUGACAAAUUUGAGAAUAAAUUUUACUAAACUUCACACUCUAGGCGAUGAUUUGUUGGAUAACAGAGCUGAGAUUCAAGAAAAAUAUUAUUAUGCCAUAUAUGAAAUGACCGUUCGUGGUUCUUGCUCAUGCUAUGGGCAUGCAUCUCGGUGCUUGCCUAUGCCCGGAGUUGAGUCUAAAAAUGAUAUGGUGCAUGGCCGAUGUGAAUGCACUCAUAAUACCCGUGGUUUAAAUUGUGAAUAUUGUGAAGAUUUCUAUAAUGAUCUUCCAUGGCAGCCAGCUGUUGGAAAAACAUCUAACGCUUGUAAAAGAUGUACUUGUAACAAUCACGCAACAAAAUGUCAUUUUGAUGCUGCAGUAUAUAAUAAAACUGGAAAAAUUAGUGGUGGUGUAUGUGAUAAUUGUCAACAUAAUACGAUGGGUGUAAAUUGUGAACGUUGCAAGCCGAAGUUUUAUAAGGACCCUAAUUUAGAUAUACAAAGUGCAGAAAUUUGUAAACCAUGUGACUGUGAUCCUCAAGGAACUACUGAUGAGGAGAUACUUUGUGAUGAUGAAACAGAUAUAGCGAAUAAUAAAACUGCUGGUCGGUGUCUAUGUAAAUCAAAUGUUGACGGUGCAAGAUGUGAUAGAUGUAAAGACGGUUAUUGGAAUUUUGAUCCUUUAAAUAUUGAGGGUUGUACUUUAUGUACAUGUAAUAGUUUAGGCACUAUCAAUGAAAGAGGUUGUGAUCCUACAUCUGGUAACUGUUUUUGUAAGAGACAUGUUACUGGCAGGAAUUGUGAUCAGUGUCUACCCGAAUUUUAUGGUCUCUCUGAUAGUGAUGACGGUUGUACACCUUGUGAUUGUGAUGUUGGUGGUUCAAUUGAUAGGGAUUGUGACGUCAUAACAGGACAAUGCAAAUGUCGACCAAAUAUUACUGGCCGUAGAUGUGAUCAGCCUAUUCAAAACUUUUUCGUUGGUGCUCUCGAUUCAAUCGUAUUUGAAGGUGAAUCUAGUCUAUGUGAUUCUCAAAUAGAUGAUAAUGCUAUACAAAGUCCACAGUGUCAUGUUGUAAUACGGGAGAAUUUUCCAGAUGGUAGAAAAGAAACGUGGACUGGACCUGGGUUUAUGAAAAUUCAAGAAGGUAGUUCAUUAGUGUUUAUUAUUGAUAAUUUAAAAACAACUAUGAAUUACAAUAUUUUAAUAAGAUACGAGCCACAGUCUAAUUUAAAUUGGGAAGAAGCUACUGUACUUGUAAAAAGGCCCCCUGUGGACCUUGAUUCACCAUGUGCUAAUGUUAAUCCAGAAGAUGAUAUUAUUAAUACUUAUUUGCCUGCAAAUCAAAGAAGUGUUCUUGUAAAACCACCUGUAUGUUUAGAAAAGAAUAAAGAUACGGAGAUCCGUAUUUAUUUAGGUCGUCAAGACAGACGUAUACCUAAUCCUCGAGCUUCUGUAUUAGUUGAUUCUAUAGUUCUCAUACCAUCUUUUGAGGAUUUGCCAUUCUUUUCUAAUGGUAGUGUCCUGAAAGAGGAGUUCGAUCGAUUUAAUUGUGGAGAUAUGUAUUAUUACGACCUAAAUAGAGAUACUGUUCCUGAAAUUUGUAGAAAAUAUCAUGCUAGUAUUGGUUUUUAUGUAAGAAAUGGUUCAGAAUCCUGUCAGUGCGAUCCAUCUGGAUCAAAAAGUUAUCAAUGCGAUCCAUAUACGGGGUAUUGUCAAUGUGUGGAAAAUAUUGUAGGAGCAAGGUGUGAUCGAUGCGCUCCUGGUACAUAUGGCUUCAGCAAAUUUGGUUGCAAACGUUGUGAUUGUAAUAGUAUAGGAUCUUUAGAUAACUUCUGUGAUGCAACCAGUGGACAGUGUAAGUGUAGAGCAAAUACUUACGGACGUGCUUGUGAUUUAUGUCAACCAGGAUACUUUAAUUUCCCGAAUUGUGAACAAUGUGAUUGUAACGGGCAUGCUGUGGAAUGUGACGAUAAAACAGGAGCGUGUAGAGAGUGUAGAGAUUAUACAGAAGGACACCGAUGUGAAAGAUGCAUAGAAGGAUACUAUGGUGAUCCUCGACUUGGAGUUGAUAUUCCUUGUAGGUCUUGUCCUUGCCCCGGUGUAAAAGGUGAUUCAAAUAGAAAUAGUCAUGCUGACCGCUGUGAACUAGACCCAGAAACGAAAGAUGUAGUUUGUGAUUGUAAAGAGGGUUAUGCUGGCCUUCAAUGUGACGUUUGUGCCGAUAAUUAUUACGGUGACCCUGUCAAAGGUACUUGUGAAAAAUGUGAAUGUAAUGGAAAUAUUGAUAUUACCAAACCCGGAAACUGUGAUCCAUAUACUGGGAAAUGUUUGCAAUGUCUAUUUAAUACCGCAGGAGAUCACUGUGAAGUUUGUGAAGAUGGAUAUUACGGAAAUGCUUUAGAACAAGCUUGCUAUAAAUGUAAUUGUUCUGUUUUAGGAACAAACUUUACUAAAGGUAACUGCGAUGGCAUUACUGGACAGUGUCCUUGUUUCAAUAAUGUUAUGGGAAUUAAUUGUGAUCAAUGUACAGAAAAUCAUUGGAGAAUUGCAUUAGGAACUGGUUGUGAUCCGUGCGAUUGUGAUCCAAUUGGUUCACUUUCGGCUCAAUGUAAUCCUUAUAUUGGCAGAUGUGAUUGUAAACCUGGUCAUGGUGGUAGACAGUGUGAUCAAUGCCAAGAAAAUUACUGGGGUAAUCCAAAUAUAGAGUGUCAUCCAUGUCAAUGUGACUUGCAUGGAUCGGUUUCAUUACAAUGUACGCGGGAAAAGGGGUCAUGUAUUUGUAAACCAGGAAUUGGUGGGUACAAUUGCAAUAUGUGUGCCAGAGGAUAUCUCGGCCAAGCUCCCUAUUGUUACUCAUGUGGUGAAUGUUUUGAUAAUUGGGAUCGCGUUAUUAACGAUUUGCGAAUUCAAACCGAGUAUGCUAUUGGCAAUGCUAGCAAAAUAAAAGUUGUUGGUGCUACAGGAGCAUACACACGAGAUUUUGAUGAAAUGACAAAAAAAAUAUCUGAGGUAGAAAAUAUGCUUAACAGUGCCAAGUUAGGACAAACAACAGUUAAAGAAUUACUAUCUAAUAUUAGUAGUUUACAAAACGAAUUGUCUGGAAUAAAACAGAAAGUUGAUGAUAGUAAAAGUCAUCUGAAGGAUGUUACAUUUAAUAUAAAUUUGGGCAAUGCUACUCUUGGUAAUCUAAGAACAAGAAUUGAGUAUUUAAAAUCUCAGACUCGCAACUUAGAUAAUAAUGCGACUAAUUUGCAAGAAGCUAAUUUAGAAGGCGCACUUAAUUUAACACGUGAAGCUAAAGAAAGAGCAAUGAAAGCUGCGGAUGAAGUUGAAGACGUACAAGCAAUAAUUGCUAAUACUGAUAGGCAAAUAAAAAAUACUGAUCGUCUUAUCGAAAUGCAAUAUACUAAUUUUAAUAGUAACCAAAUUGAAAAUGACAAAAAAUUGGAUGAUUUUCAAAAACAGUUAUCAGAAUUAGAAUCUAAAAUACCUAAAUUAAAUGAAAAAAUGUGUGGCCAGGAAAGUGACAGUUGUGACAUUUGUGGUGGAGCAGGCUGUGGUAAAUGUGGCGGAAUAUCUUGUGAUAAAGGAGCAGUUACAAAAGCACAACAAGCAUUAGAUUUUGCAAAUAAAACCGAACACAGAAUUAAAGAGCAUGAACUCACUGCUGAAGAUAUGUAUCGCCAAGUUUCUCUAGUUAAACAAGAUACGAUUGCCGUUCGAUCUAGGGCUAAAGAUUUGUUUGAACGAGCAUUUUUAUUUCAAACAAAUGCUGAACGUGUUCUAAAUGAAAGUCAAGACUUAACUGCUGAGUUAAAAGAGUUCUUAUCAAAUACUUCUAAUACUCCAGCUGAUGUGAGAACCUUAGCUAAUGAAAUAUUAAAUUUAACCAUAAGUGUUGAACCCAAAGAAAUUACAGAACUGUCACAGCGUAUAACUUCAACAGCAUCACAACUUACAAAUAGUGAAAAUAUUAUAAAAGAAACAAAACCUGACUUAGAUAUGGCUACAGCUCUUAAGCGAAAUGCUACAGUCGUAAACCAAUCGGCCAAUUCAACAUUAGAAACUGCGAAUAAAGUUUUAGAAGCUUUGGAUGACGCACAGGCAGCGCAAGAUGCAGCUGAGAAUGCUAUUACUAAAGCUAACAGUGAUAUCGAUGCAGCUAAAAGUGACUUGAUUCCAAUUGCUAUGGAAACGGAACAAGCUCAGAAAAAAGCAAAUGAAACAAAAGAAGAAGUUGAGGGAUUACGAAUGCGUCUUUCAAAUCUGAAAAAAAAUAUAUCUAUAAUCGAAAGGGAUGCUGAACAAGUGAAAAAUGAAUCUAACGACGUUGUUAAUAGAGCUGAAGGCGCUGAACAAAAAGCGAGUCAACUAAGACGGGAGUUUCAAAAAACAAAUUCGGCUCUAGCAGAACGUGCAAAGCAAACAUCAAACUCUAGAGAUCGAGCACAACGAUUGUUUGAUCGGGCAGCAAAUCUAACCGCAGUCACACACGACCAAUUAAACCAACUUGAAAGUAUGGAAAAUAUGUAUAACAGUCAUAAGAAACAGUUGGAUGAUUUAGAGAACAAAAUUGCUGCACUUAAUAAUGAUAUGAAAUAUUAUCUUUCAGAAUUAACAAAACGGUCAAAUUAUUAUAGAUCUUGCACUACGUAAAAAAAAAAAAAAAUUAAUGCAUAUCGGUUUUAUAGACCCCAUUACUAUUCUUAAAUUUGUAAUUAAUUGUAAGCAGCGUUUAUCCCAAUGAUACUGAUUAUAAUUUUCAUGAGUGCCAUAGUACUAUGUCUUUAUUAUGAGAAGUGGUUUGACCACAUUGAUGUAUCUGUAAUCUGUAAUGUUAAGUAUAACAUUUAAUUGCUUAUCCUAGUACUCAAAUAUGAAUAAAAAAACUUUUUUUACCAAAACUAAUAAAAGUUUAUCAAUAAUUGAAUCUUUAUUGCUUUAAAAUGUUACAUAAAUAGUUAAUUUAUUUAUUACUCUUAUCAAAUAUAUGACUAAAAGUACUAUCCAUAAGUGAGCAGCAAUGUAAGCCACUGGAGACUUUACCAAGUUUACUAUUUAUAAUUCAUCAUAAUAUUUUACUGAAAUUUCCAGGGUGAAUAGAAAUUCAAAAUAAAAGAUUUGUGAUUUUUAACAUCUGUAAUUUUUUUUUAAAUCUAAUCUAUAUAUUUAAAGAUAAUUUUGUAUUACAGUUUUUUGUCCUAUUUUUACACUACUUGCUCUGGACAUAUUUGUAAUGCAGUUUGUUGAUUUAUGUGACAAACUCUGACUUAAAUAUAAUUUUAUUGUAAUAAAUGUUUUAACUAUUAUUUUGUGAAUAUCAUACUUAAUUAUUAUAGAUACUUAUUGAAACUAUUAUUCCAAAGAAUAAUUACUUUUAGCUCUUUGAAAACAUUAUAGCUAAGUCAUUAAAUAAUUUUUUGCUAUUUACUCAUUCAGAUAGCUUAAUAACAAUACUUUCUGUUUUCAAUAACUUAACGAAUGUAGAUAGUUUAUAGAUGUAAUUUAGUAAAUAACAUAUUACAUUGUAAGUGUCAUCACUUCUAUAAGUUUUUGUAGUUGUAAUGUGUAAAAUAUAUUUUCAUUUAAAUAAUAUUCUUCAAGACUACCUAAAUCUAAUAGUAGGGUACAUCUAACAUAACAUUUGACAUUUUAAUUGUUUUAAAAUGCAUGUUUUAAUCAUGGAUAUGAAUAUAGGAGUGCCAAGUUGCACUUGCAUCUCUUCAGACCUCUUGUGAAUCUUGGGAUCAACAUCAUACUAGAUUAACUCGAUAGCUUGUCAUAGCUAAAAGUAAAUUGUUAAUUUUAAGAGGUUAUAUUACGUCUUUAAAUAUAUAACAUAUGAAGAUUAUGCAUUUUGAAUUUAUAUCCAUGUUUGCCUGGUAGAAAACGUCAUAAGGUGUUAUUUUUCCAUAUGUACAAUUUUUUUAAUGUGUACAUGAACUUAAAUAAUUAAAUACCUAUACACAAACAAUGGACGUUUAUAUAUAUAUACGAAUACUUUUAAAAGGUGUCACGCCUGUGUAUGUUUUUUCAGUGACUAAAACUUAUCACUAGAUGGCGUUGCAGCAUAUUAACUUUGUACCAUCCAUCUAAUUAUCGAGGGGUAAUUGUUUCCUAUCCGCUUUAUAGUUCUCACUACUAGAUGGCGCUACAGUUCAUCAACCUUUAUCAUAGGCACAUCAAUUUCAUAUAAUAUUAUCAUAGUUUUAUAUCUAUAACUAUAUCAGUAAAUAAAUAUACACAGAUAGAACAACUUUGUGAUAAUUCUAACAAAAAGACAGUUUUCUUAGUACCAGUACAAAGUUUAACAAUAUAGCUUAGUCAGUAUUUAUUAUUAUAGCUAAAAUACGCAUAUAAUAUCACACUAUGACAUAAGAAAUAUUUUAUAUGACAGCUUCGAGCCUUAAAUGUUUUUCUGCCAGCGCAGCGCCCAUUAUUUUAAUUCAGUGUAGUAGGAAGCCAGCUUAUUGAAUUUUCUGGAAUUGUUAUAAUUUUAUUUUUAUUAUAUUUCAACAGUGUUUGUUGUCAGUGUUUAUUUUUCGUGUUUACUACAUUAUUUUCUUUUAUUAUUAUUACGCCAAUUACAGGUAUUCACUAUGUGCUAAACAUUAAUGUGUGUUUAUUAAGUUGAAAAUAAGUAUAAUUUUAAUAACUAAAGAACCAUAUUUUUUUAACGUAACUGUUGCUACGUACGUUCAUGAAAUUGUUGUGCCGUAUAUAUUAUAGGAAUUAUGUCAGUGUAAACUAAAAUUAAUACUUAGGUAUUAAGAUAUUAGAAAUAUUCUAUGAUGUGCUAUUAUAAUAAUAUUUUAUAACAUACAUACAUCGUUAUAUAUUUUUAAAUUAACAUUUCUAAGUAUAGGUAUGUUAACAUUUGAGGCAACAAUACUUAAAUUAAAAAAGAAUAUUGUUUUAUUA